AUGGACAUAGAUAAUCUCUGCCGAUGCUUGCUCAAAAUUUGCUGCAACGGCAUGAACUACAACAUCUGGACACCGACGGUAGCUUUCGGUUUCAACGCCGCAGUGAGACACCCGAAAGCGGCCAAGUUCUCGGUCGUCGCGGCCGUGACCACGUCGGCCGCCAUCGGGCUCAUCUUCACGCUCGUCGCCCUCGUGGCGAGGAAGCAGCUGCCGAGGCUUUUCAGCGACGACGACCUGCUCGUCAAGGAGACCGCGAGACCGGGCUAUCUCCUGGCUGCCACCAUACUCAACAGCAUCCAGCCGGCGUUGUCAGCGGUUUUCGGCAUCAAGCUCAAGCUUGACGUGCAGGGGAAUAUGGGUGGGGAUGCUGAUCGGCACGAUUCUGCAUACCGUCAUCCUAUCUGUGAUUCUCUUCAGAACCAAAUGGAAGAAAGAGCUUUUGGGUUUCUGAUGAAGAGUUUUGCCGUGAUGCAGGCUAUGAUCGCAGUAGAGCGGGUACGGAGCAUGGGAGGAGACAUGGAGCUGCCGGCCAUGCAAGAAACAAGAUGA